AUGUCUUUCAUUACCCAAAGCACCCUUACCAUUCUCGUGCUCACCCUUGCAAGCACUGGGAAUGCAGCAGCUAUUCGGCGCCGUCAAUUAGAUCUAGGGAUCGCCAGCUUAGUUGCAGUAGCCGUAGCAUCUGCAUCUCUUGCGCCCUACAUCAAAGCUCCUCAGCCCGUGGAAACAAUCCUGGCUAUCGGGGAUUCGUUCAGCGCUGGUAUCGGUUCAAAUGGCAGACCUGACUUCAUCGAAGGCUCGUUUGACUGCCGGCGUUACACUUCAGCUUGGCCCUGCAGUCGGCAAGUAGAACAGAAUGGAGCGACAUUAACGGUGGCUCCUAGCCCAAGUGUCUGGCAAUGGCGUGGAAUUCACAAGCCGGAGAAUUGUCAUGAUACCCUUGCUGAUAUCGAUGUCAAGGUUGCUUCAACCGACUUCAAGAACACACUGAUCAAGACCAUGAUUGAUAUUGUCGCAGCUGGCCGUCUAGCCGGAGGUCCGACUCCCCCCGAAGCUUUUGAGGUUUACUUGGCUGGAUAUGCCGGAUUUUGGAACCAUGAUGAUCCAGGCUGCAACGAUAUCUCUUGGCCAUAUGCUAGCUGGAGUACCCCACCCAAGCUCACUACUGGAUUACGCCUUCAUAUGAACACAAUUGUGACCAACCUCAAUAAUGCUCUUGCCGCCGUUGCCCAGGAAUUGAAUGCCUCAAGUGUACGCUACGUCGAUGGCAUAAAUGCUACAUUUGAUACGCACCGCUUUUGCGAACCUGCGGAUCCAGAAUGCCUCAAGAGGCCACUGCUGAAGGUUUUGACGACAGUUACGGACAACAGAUCCUGGACGCUAUUAUUCCCGACAAAGCUGUGCAAGCAUCGAUCUCCACCGAGAACCCUCCUUGGAAUAUCAACGAACCGUUCAACAGCUUUGAGUCAUGGUGACGGCUCUGGAUACGGCACCGCCUUGGGCUUCUACGCAGGAAGAUUUCUCGAUGUCAUCCACGCCAGCCGAGCUCCAGCUCCUGCGUCUCCAACUCUACUACCUUCACCGGCUCCAGCCCCACAACCCCCUGCUAUUCUAGCUAAAUACACGAUUCACCUACACCAGAAAAUGGAGCAGAAAACCAGUUCGCUCGAGCGGACAUUACUCGAUUCCAACGGAGAGAAUGUCGCUGGUCCCGACCCUAACAAGGAUAUACCCGCUGCCAACAACCGCAACAAAGUAGCCAUUAGCGUUGAUAGUCCUACCAACAAAGAUAAAACAAACAUCAAAUUUACCCUCAAAGCUGAUGGAGGUGAUGGCUGCAAUCCGGAAUGGAAUACGGCAAGGAGUGGAGGAAGUGAGGAACCGUUCAUAGCUCCCUGUCAGAAGGGGAAGGGUGAGGACUAUGGAUGCGGUGAUGUGGAUGCCACUUGGGGCUGGGCUUGA